GAAAAAUACCAAGCGACAAAAAUAAUCUGGCCAUGGCAACUAAUUCACUCCACGGCUCAUCAUUUCUCACUCGACCCCUCCUCUUUGCUCUCAUUGUUGUGUUGGUAAUGCCGGAGACCGCGGCUUCCGCUAGUGUUACGCAUCACUACACGUUCGAUAUAAGGUUGCAGAACGUGACGCGACUCUGCCGAACGAAGAGCAUCCCGACGGUGAAUGGGCAAUUCCCAGGGCCCAAGAUCAUCGUGAGAGAAGGCGAUCGGAUCAUAGUGAAGGUCGUCAACCACAUCAAGGACAAUGUCACCUUCCACUGGCACGGAAUUCGACAGCUACGGAGUCAAUGGGCCGAUGGUCCGUCGUACGUGACCCAGUGCCCGAUCCAAACCGGCCGAAGCUACGUGUAUAACUUCACGAUUGUGGGGCAAAGAGGCACACUGUGGUGGCACGCUCAUGCGUCAUGGUUAAGGGUCACUCUAUAUGGACCCCUCAUUAUCCUUCCUAAGCUUGGUGUUAGUUACCCAUUUCCCCAGCCUUAUAAGGAAGUUCCCAUCAUGCUGGGAGAGUGGUUCAAUGCGGAUCCUGAAGCAGUAGUUGCCCAAGCCCUUCAAACUGGUGCAGGCCCAAAUGUCUCUGAUGCCUAUACAGUUAAUGGACUACCUGGUCCUACGUACAACUGUUCAGCAAAAGAUACCUUCAAACUGAGGGUGAAGCCCGGUCGAACGUACCUCCUCCGCAUCAUCAACGCUGCACUCAACGAUGAGCUCUUCUUCAGCAUAGCCAACCACACCCUUACCGUUGUCGAAGCCGAUGCCAACUACGUCAAGCCCUUCUCGACCUCCACCCUCCUCGUCUCCCCUGGCCAAACCACUAACGUCCUCCUCUCCGCUGCCCCUUCUGUGCCUGCUGCGUCCGCCUUCCUCAUUUCCGCUUCCCCCUACACCACCGCCCGUCCUGGCACAUUCGACAACACCACCGUCUCCGCCCUCCUCGAAUACCAACCCUACAACAAAAACCUCCCCCUUGUGAAACCCACUUUGCCCUUAUUCAACGACACGCAAACGGUUUCAAAUUUUACGGCCAAAUUCCGUAGCUUGAACCCACCAGUGGUGCCACGUGAAGUCGACCGACGGUUCUUCUUUGCAGUCGGGCUCGGGACGAGUCCCUGCCCCAGAAACCACACAUGUCAGGGUCCAAAUGGUACAAAAUUCGCAGCAUCGAUCAACAACAUCUCCUUCGUGCUUCCCACCACUGCACUUUUGCAAGCACAUUACUCCAUGAAAACUAUGGGGGUAUUUACAACAGAUCUCCCGUACGAGCCCUGGCACGAGUUCAAUUAUACCGGAACUCUCCCGAAUAAUACAUUCGUAACAUUCGGUACAAAAACUGUAAUGCUUCCAUACAAUACAAGUGUGGAGUUGGUGAUGCAGGGGACGAGUAUCCAAGGUGCGGAGAGCCACCCCUUGCACCUGCACGGGCACAACUUUUAUGUGGUGGGUCAAGGGUUCGGGAAUUACGACCCGGAGAAUGAUCCGAUCCGGUUCAAUCUGGUUGACCCGGUUCAGAGGAACACCGUUGGUGUGCCCUCCGCCGGGUGGGUCGCCAUCCGAUUCCGUGCCGAUAACCCGGGUGUGUGGCUCAUGCAUUGCCACCUGGAUGUGCACCUGAGCUGGGGUUUGACCAUGGCGUGGGUGGUCAACGACGGGCGGCUUCCGAGCCAGAAGCUGCCUCCUCCACCGUCCGACCUUCCGAAAUGUUGAUCUCGGCACAAAUUGCGCGGUUCGAAUAGCUUGGGUGUCUUUCUUGGUGCACUAAUGGAUGACUGUGAGAUCAAGCCAAAGAAUCACUUCAUUUGAGCUGGUUUCUAUUUUUCUUUUCUUUUCCUUUUUUUCCCCCUUUUUUUUUUCUUUUUUGUGUUGUUUAUUAGUUGUAACCUUGAUUUUGUUUGUGUUUCUUUCGUGUGUUACUCGAGACCCUUUCUUUUUUUUUGUUUCAAAUAAAAGAGAGUUGAUUGAUUUGAAUUAAUAA